AUGGAUAUUCUCUUGUCAAGCUAUCUGCAUGAUGAGAAAGCACGCACUUCCAUCGUUGAGCCAAAUUUCCAGCACAGGCUUGCUCUAACCCAAGCCUGGGACAUCGCCCAAGGCUCUAGAGUGCUCGACAUCGGAUGUGGCCAAGGGGAAUCGAGCCUAGUUCUCGCAUUGAUCAACGGUUCUCAUGGUCAAAUUACAGCCAUCGACACGGCCCCGCCUGACUACGGUGGACCAUACACCGUCGAACAAUCGCAGAAGCACAUCCAGGCGUCCACGCUAGGACAGCGUAUCCAAUUUCUCCGCACCGACACGGCCGGUCUCCUUUCCCAACCCACGCGCACCGAUAAAUAUGAUGCGGCCGUACUGUGCCACUCUUUGUGGUAUUUUCCCGACCGUGCGAGCAUUGCCCAGGUCUUCCAGCUUCUAGCUGAUGCGAAAGUACGCUAUCUGUGCCUGGCGGAGUACGGAUUUCGCGCCUCGCGACCUGCACAACCCCACAUAUUCUGGCUGCGCGAGCGCAAGCCCAGUACCAUUCCCUACGCAAGUCCGCCGCGACAGGAGCGAGGGAGCCCAACGUACGCUGCGCACUCACUCCAGAGGAGCUGCUGGACGUUGCGCACGAAACUGGUUGGCGAGAAAAACGCUCCGGCUACAUACAACCUGACUCGCAGCUGUGGGAUGGUCAUUGGGAAGUUGAGUUCGUUUCCUCAGAGUUGUUUCGUCAAUGGAUCCACGAGGAAGGCUUAUCAAAUGAUGCAGCUAUGGAUUCUGCUAUUCAGCAACUCGAACAAUCUAUUCAGGAAUUGGGUGUAA